UGACGGGUAGACGGGGACCGUCUACCCCGCCAAUGAAGGCCUUCACGCGUUUACUAGCUAUGGAAUAAUGCUUCAACUGCCCACCAUCUUGAUUUGACUUCCCAAUGAAACUGUGUUGUAGCCUUGCCAUCGGCAGGUUGAAGAUUAGCUGUGUGUGGUCUUUCUAUUAUUAUAUAUAGGCAGCGCGAUAGUUCAUUUCAAGAAGACGCAAACUUGCUCAUCCAGCUCUUCUCGUACAUGAAGCUAGAAUAACCACCAAAACAGCUUACUGAAGAAUGUCAAGUUCUAGAGACCAGAAACUUGCUCAUGUAGCUCUCCUCCCAAGUGCUGGCAUGGGUCAUCUCACACCCUUCCUUAGACUUGCUGCUUUACUCGCAGCCCGAAAUGUCCAAGUCACCUUCAUCACCCCACAUCCAACAGUCUCGCUGACUGAGUCACAAGCUUUAUCUGGGUUCUUCGCUUCCUUUCCUCAAGUCAAGCAGAAGCAGUUUCACCUCCUUCCACUUGAAGAGAAUUCGGUUGACCCUUUUUUUUAUCAGAUGCAACUCAUCAAGAGCUCCUGUCACCUUCUUUCCCCGCUUCUUUCUGCUCUAACUCCAUCUCUUUCUGGUUUUAUCACAGACAUGACCUUGGCCUCUACAGUUAUUCCCAUCACUCAAGCUAUUAGCCUUCCUAAUUAUGUUCUCUUCACAUCAUCUGCUAAAAUGAUGACAUUAUUUCUAUCCUACCCCACUUUAGCCGGCUCAAAAGCUCUGGAUGAUUUAGAUGAGACGGAUGUCAUCAAGAUUCGAAACGUGGAAUUGAUGCCCAAGUCAUUGGUCCCCCCACCACUUCUGCAGAAGAGCAAUAAUUUUUUUAAGAAUAGUUUCAUAGAGAAUGGUAGGAAAGUGACAGAAUCAUGUGGAAUUCUACUUAACACAUUCGUAAGUUUUGAGCUUGAAUCACUCAGAAAGAUAAAUGAUGGCCAAGUUCUGGAAAGGCUACCUUCAGUUGUUGCCAUUGGACCACUUCCACCAUGUAAUUCUGAGAAGAGCCAGUUACAGUUAACUUGGCUUGAUGAUCAACCAGCUGGAUCAGUUCUGUAUGUUAGCUUUGGAAGUAGGACUGCUUUGGCGAGGGAUCAAAUCAGGGAGUUGGGUGAAGGGCUGAUAAAGAGUGGUAGCAGGUUUGUCUGGGUGGUGAAGGAUAAAAAAGUUGAUAAGGAAGAUAGUGAAGAAUUGGAAGAGGUAAUUGGGCAUGAAUUGAUGGAGAGGGUCAAAGAAAAGGGAUUGAUAGUUAAGGAUUGGUUAAACCAGGACGGCAUAUUAAGCCACCCAGCAGUUGGUGGAUUUUUAAGUCACUGUGGUUGGAAUUCAGUGAUGGAGGCUGCAUGGCAUGGAGUGAGGAUCUUAGCUUGGCCCCAAAACGGGGACCAGAAAAUCAAUGCAGAUAUUGUGGAGAGGAUUGGACUAGGGACCUGGGUGAAGAGUUGGGGUUGGAGCGGGGAGAUGCUGGUGAAAGGAGCAGAAAUUGCAGAAAGGAUUAGAGAAUCCAUGGGGAAUGAAUCAUUGAGAAUUCAGGCAUUGGGGAUCAAAGAAGAUGCUAGGAAAGCAGUGGGCUUUGGUGGGAGUUCUGACAAGGGAUUGACUGAACUCAUCAGCAUGUGGAAGCACUUCUGAAGUCGCGAGGAUAUCCUAUACCCUUCUGUAUGUCUUGUACCUUGAAUUGUCUGUGACCAGAUAAACAAGGAUUAGAUUGGUAAAGUCAAAAGGUAGGGGGAAAUUCAACUCGCAUUGUCCUGAAAUUUUGAUUUUUCAUCUUUCUUUUGGAGGAUGUCUUAUCCUGUCUGUUGUGUCUUUUAAUCUUUUUCUUAUCAAUAAACUUCACUUCUUUCAUGGAAUGAAACAAUCCCAUGAAAAGUA